UCGAGCUCAGUUCGUCGAUCGAGCUCGAGCGAAGCGCACGCGGCGCGUGUGGCGACAGUUUUGCGCGACAGCGACCUUCAUCCUCCGCGACGUGCCGGCCGCGGCUCGGCCUAUGCCCUCGUAUUCUGUAUACAGUGAAGAAGUGCACGGGACACCUGUACCAGAGCAGGGGCUCGGAUGUGGCUAACGUGUUGUGCAGUGUGAACAAGACGAUUGUUGUUGUUUUGUUAUUUAGGAGUAUUAUAUGACUGUCAGUGAUGUCUCCGGACAGCAGUUACGGGCGUUACGAUGCGCCGCCGUCGGUAGACAAUAUGAUGGGUUCGGCACAUAAGGAACGAGAACCAGAACUCCAUAUAGAGUUCGAUGGCACGACAGUGCUGUGCCGCGUCUGCGGUGAUAAGGCCAGCGGGUUCCACUAUGGCGUCCAUUCCUGUGAAGGCUGCAAGGGCUUCUUCCGCCGGUCCAUCCAGCAGAAGAUCCAGUACAGGCCCUGCACCAAGAACCAACAGUGUUCCAUCCUAAGGAUUAAUAGAAAUCGGUGCCAAUACUGCCGAUUGAAAAAGUGCAUCGCCGUCGGAAUGAGCAGAGAUGCUGUGAGAUUCGGGCGCGUCCCGAAGCGCGAGAAGGCGCGCAUCCUGGCGGCGAUGCAGCAGUCGUCGUCGUCGCGCGCGCAGGAGCAGGCGGCCGCAGCGGAGCUCGAUGAUGCCCCGCGGCUGCUGGCGCGGGUGGUGCGCGCGCACCUUGACACCUGCGAGUUCACCCGCGACCGCGUGGCCGCCAUGCGCGCCCGCGCCCGUGACUGUCCCACCUACUCUCAACCUACUUUGGCGUGUCCGCUGAACCCGGCGCCGGAGCUGCAAUCGGAGAAGGAGUUCUCCCAGCGCUUCGCGCACGUCAUCCGCGGCGUCAUAGACUUCGCCGGUCUCAUCCCCGGCUUCCAGUUGCUCACUCAGGACGACAAGUUCACGUUGCUAAAGAGCGGUCUAUUCGACGCCCUGUUCGUGCGCCUCAUCUGCAUGUUCGACGCCCCCCUCAAUAGUAUAAUCUGCCUGAACGGCCAGCUAAUGAAGAGGGACUCCAUCCAGAGCGGGGCCAACGCGAGAUUCCUGGUGGACUCGACUUUCAAGUUCGCCGAGCGUAUGAACUCCAUGAAUUUGACAGACGCGGAGAUCGGUCUAUUCUGCGCCAUAGUCCUCAUCACGCCGGACCGUCCCGGCCUCCGCAACGUCGAGCUGGUGGAGAGGAUGCACGCGCGGCUGAAGGCCUGCCUGCAGACGGUCAUUUCGCAGAACAGACCGGACCGGCCCGGCUUCCUCCGGGAGCUGAUAGACACCCUGCCCGAUCUCCGGACGCUGAGCACGCUCCACACGGAGAAGCUAGUCGUGUUCCGAACAGAGCACAAAGAGCUGCUUCGGCAGCAGAUGUGGGGGGACGAGGAGGGAUGCCCGUGGGCGGACUCGGGAGCCGACGAGUCGGCGCGGAGUCCCAUCGGGUCCGUGUCCAGCAGCGAGUCCGGCGAGGCCGUCGGCGACUGCGGCACCCCCCUGCUCGCGGCCACCCUCGCCGGCAGAAGACGACUCGACUCCCGGGGCUCGGUGGACGAGGAGGCCCUCGGUGUCGCGCACCUCGCCCACAACGGCCUGACCGUCACCCCGGUGCGGCCGCCGCCCCGGUACCGCAAACUGGACUCGCCCACCGACUCCGGCAUCGAGUCCGGCAACGAGAAGCACGAGAGGAUAGUCGGCCCCGGCUCCGGCUGCUCGAGCCCGCGCUCGUCGCUGGAGGAGCAUACGGAGGAGCGGCGGCCGCCGGCGCCCGCGGACGACAUGCCCGUGCUAAAGCGGGUGCUGGAGGCGCCGCCGCUGUACGACACGUCGUCGCUCAUGGACGAGGCGUACAAGCCGCACAAGAAGUUCCGCGCGAUGCGGCGCGACACGGGCGAGGCGGAGGCGCGCGCGGUGCCGCUGACGCCGUCGCCGCAGCCGCACCCGCACCCCGCCAGCCCCGCGCACCCCGCGCAUCCCGCACACCUCGCGCACUCGCCGCGGCCGGCGCGCGCCUCGCUGUCGUCGACGCACUCGGUGCUGGCCAAGAGCCUGAUGGAGGGUCCUCGCAUGACGCCGGAGCAGCUCAAGCGCACGGACAUGAUCCAGCAGUACAUGCGGCGCGGGGAGUACCGCGGCGCGUCGCCGGCGCCGGAGCCCGUGCUGGAGCUGCAGGUGGACGUGGCGGACGCGCCGCUCAACCUGUCCAAGAAGUCGCCCUCGCCGCCGCCGCCCGCCCCGCGCGCCUAUAUGCCGCGCAUGCUGGAGGCGUGAGGCCGGCCCGCGGAGCCGCCCGUCUCCGCCCAGCCCCGACAUACUUUAAAUUGAAUAAACUAUUGUAGUUAAUUAUCGUUCGCAAAUCGGUUAAUAUAUUAUAUGUGAUAAUUCUUUUAAGACGUGUGCGUGCGUGGCCGGUGCCGGACGAGGAGAGCGCAAUAGACUGAAACAUAAUUUAAGACUAUAUAAGUAUAAUUUAUAAUGCAAUGCAGCGCCGGUCGCGGUGUGUUUUUGUGUGUAUUGUAAGUACGUAUGUGAGUGUGCUCAGUCAUUUGUUUGUUAAUAUAAUGACAGGUUGUCGAAUUAAAAUAAAACAAAGUUGUAAAAUU